AGAUGGUGCGUGGAAAGAGAAUGACAAAUUCACGGGGUAGGGAUGGUUCUGCAGAGUAGUAGGAUCAGAAGAGAAGAUGAUGGGGGCGAUGAAUCUCCGAAGAAGCUUAUCAGCUCUACAUGCCGAAUGUGAAGCUUUGAUAUGGGCUAUGGAGUGCAUGAAGACCCUUGAUUUUUCAGACGUAGUUUUUGCAACAGACUGUUCUCAAUUGGUGAAGAUGGUGUCCUCACCAGACGAAUGGCCAGCUUUUGCUACACACAUAGAGGAGUUUCGACGCAGUAAGUGUUUCUUUCCUUCCUUCAAGAUUCGACAUAUACCAAGAGCAACUAAUCUAGUGGCGGACAAGCUUGCACGAGGUGCUCGGAGUUCCCCUUCAGCUGUGUUUUAUGUUGAUUCUACCCCACCGGUUUGAUUUUCCGAGCCGGAAGGUUUCUUAUCAUAGUUUAGUUAUUGUUGUCAAAAAAAAAAAAAUAAUAAUUUAUAUGGCAUAUUAACUGGAAUAAUGGUAUAUUUGGUAUUUUUUGUAAGCCAACUUGUGUGAAAUAUACUAAAAGGAAAUAAAUCCGUACAACCCGUCAACUAGGCUUAUUAAAUAACUAAAAACAUGAUUUUCCUGACAAAUAUAAAAUACUGCAAAUUGUAGUACUAUAGUUCAUAAUAGUAGGCAUUUGGUACUUGUUUUAAGAAAGAUUGUUUCGUCUCGAAAUUGUAAACGGAAGUUAGAAAACAAAUUUGAAUUCGAAUGCUCUGACUUCAGUUUUCAGAUAUUCUCUAAGCAUUUACUGUAUUUUUAUUUUGAUAAUCAUGGAGAUGUUAAGAGCAAGGGGAGGCACAAACGCCGUCGUUCAAGUCCCAAAUCUAUCUACUAACAAUCUUUUGCAGAAGUUUUUCAUCGCAAGCAACCUUUUUGGUCACAGGGACUCUGAGGAUCGGGAAGAAGCAAAGAAAAAAGAUGAAGAGGAUGAUAAAGAUAUUGAGCUAACGUUAGGUCUUUCUCUGAACGGUCAGUUUGGCACGGAUCCGAGAUCGAGGAAAAGGAAGAACUCUGAACUGGGUCGAUCUUCUUCCAUACCUGAAGGUUUCAUCUUCGACGGACAAAGAUCCGGUGACGUUUACGGCGGAGAUAUGCGGCAGACAGUGUGGCAAGGAGUUUCGGACAUGUUUUUCCAGCUGGAUCGGACACGUUCUCUGCCUGUGGAAACGGAGGCGGAGACUAAGAGGAAGCGAUCGGAUAAGACAAUGGAACUUAUGGCAUGUAACGCUCCUCCUCCGACAAAGGAAAAGGAAGAGAAAGAUUGUUUUAUUGUCCCUGGCCCGGUCAACGGGAGGGGCAAAAAGGGAAAUACGACGAAUAAGGAGAACCAGAAUGUUUCUGGAAUGGAGAAGGCGCGGUACAUUUUAGAAGACAUGCCGUGUGUUUCGACAAGGGAUGUCGGAGCUGACGGGAAACGAGUGGAGGGGUUUCUGUAUUGGUAUGGAGGAAACACGGAGGAGGUGAAGAUAGUGUGUGUCUGCCACGGCAGUUUUCUUUCUCCGGCGGAAUUCGUUAGGCACGGCGGAGGCACCGUGUCCGCUGCUGAUAUUAUGAUAAACCCUCUUAGACAUAUCGUUGUUAAACUACCUUCUUCUUCCUUGUAGUUAAGCUUCAUACACUAGGGAUUAUCAUUUUCAAUUUUCAAUACAAAAUUAAUUGGUCAUUUUUCUCUUUUGAUUAUUUGUGUUCUAAAGUUUAUUUUGUUACUACAAUUGUAUUUAGCUAAACAAUAUAUUUGCUUAGAGAGCCAAUGAUAACAUCUUUCAAAAUUCUAGAAGGUUAAUUCGUUUUUUCAAAAAAAUUAAAAUUUGAUUUUAGGAUAUUUUAAAUAAAGAUUAUUAAAAAAAAAACUCCACAAAACUACAUAAAACAAUUUACAAGUGUGAAAUCAUAUUAUAGCCACAGUUCUGUAAUGUUUUAUGUCAUCUUGCUCUCAUCAACUCAGAGACCAUAUAUGGAGAGAUGGAGCUCAACCUUCCUAUGCCUUUCUCUUUAAGUUAAACUCGAGAGACAAUAGAAUUUCAUGUACUCAACACGUUAACCAGAUUUACCUUUUCGAGCGAAUAAUUAGAAAAUGAAGUUUGUUUAAGUAGUCUUUUAGGUACUACUACUAUAUAUAAUACGUUAAGAAAUAUAAAGUAAUAACAAAAUGUGGUCUUUCUGUGUAUCCAUCACCAUUACAUAAGAGUUAUAUCAUCCUUCAACCAGUAUACAAACAUUCGGUAACAAAAGUUUUAUCUACUUGAAUAACCAGCAUUUUAAAGGACAGUGGAAGCAAGAAAAACAACCACUUGUCCAAGAUUU